UGCAGAUCUGAUCAAAUUGACGUAAUGGAUUUCAAAGCUGACCUGGAUACUUUGGCUACCGCCUAGGGACCCGUGUUGAGUGAUGCAGGGAAUCCGGGCAGUGUGUCAGCAUCUCUCAUCCUGACCGUUAAAAGAUGUUGUGCCUCGGCAUUGUUAGCUAACCACUCGCCGUGGAAUAUCGCCCUUAUUUCUCUAAUACCAGGCUCGUCUGACAACCCGGGGACACUUAGAUCGGGACUCCUACAAGAUUUCCAAGAUGUGCGACUGUUUUCACCUGCCCUUUGCAAACUGGCGAGGAGAUCCAGCCAGUGGCUCAGUCCAGUGCUUAAAAGAUGCUGAGACAGAACCUGGAGAACAGGAUUCUGUGUGCGAGUUGCCAACAGAAUUUGUAGAAACUGUAAGACCAAGACCUCAAGGAUCUUCACCGGUAUAUGACUACACGCUGGCUGAAGAAUACAAGGACAAAAAUGUACCAGCUGAGACAUUAAUUGACAUUGCAGACAAUAAGCAAAGAUUAGAAAAUCUAUCAAAGAAAGGUUUUUCUGCAAACAUGAGUAACAAAGCGAAAGAGAAGGAAGACAUUGUGGAAAUGCUUGUGACCACAGACAUUGAAAAAGGUGCAAGUGGCUUCAGUGUUAAAGGUGGUAAAAAGGACGGGAUAUUUAUUAAACAUGUUCAGAAAGAGUCACCUGCUGCAAAACGGCUGAGCAUGAGAGAAGGUGAUCAACUUAUCAGUGCUACAAUUUAUUUUGAUAAUGUCAAAUAUGAAGAUGCACUCAAGAUUUUACAGUACUCAGAACCAUAUAAAAUGCAAUACUGCCUAAAAAGAACAAUACCUGGUACUGUAGAAUCAGUCGAAGUUGAAGGAAAAGGAACAAAGCCUAAUGCGGGAGCCGAGGAAGACUUUUUUAUGAAACUCUAUGCAAGUAAAUCAAAUACAAGAGGUAUUUCUGAUGAAUGUAAUGCCGAAGAAACACCACUCAUUCAAGAAACCACUCAGAAGGUGAAGACGAAGAAGGCUGAAGUAUCCGAUGCCAGCUUUAUCUGUCCCAAGUUUUCAAGUUUCAAAAAGUCAAAGUCACAUAAACUCAACAGGUCUCAAAGCUUAACAGAACCAGAACAACGUGACCAAUAUGACACUACCUCAACAUGCACAGAUAUUGAAAACCCUCAAAAAAGGAAAAAAAACAAAAGAAAAAUAAAACUACCACAUAUUGGUACAAGUGCUAUAAACAUGGGGAAAAAAGAAACUUCUGAAGAUGUAAAGCAAGACAUUUUGAUUGGAAUCAAGGAUUGUGCUGCUGUGGAACAAGACACAUUGCAAAUAAAUACAGAUAGUACACCACAAAGAUCAAAGGAAAUUAUGAUGAUAACUACAAAUCAAAGUACCCAAAUGCUGGAUAAACAAAGUGAACAAAUGGAAUGCGACAAUAUUAGCAGUGAAUCCAAUGUCAAAAUGCCAAAACUGAAAAUAGCUAAAUUUGUGCUUCCAGGACCAAUUCUUAUAACACAACAUAUUGCCACCAAAAUACUAGAGGAAAGAGCACAUUCUGAAUCAAUGCCAGAGGAUAUCUCAAAAAAAGAACCUAACAUUACAGAUGUAAAGACAGAUUUUAUGUUACCAUUACCAAAGAAGCAUGAUGAAGAUAUGAACAAGCAAGCAGCAGAUAUUUCUAUUCAAUCAUUUGAAACAGAAAACAAAAAAAAGAAUAAUGAGAGGCAACAGAAAAUAAAGCAAUCAAAAAUCACCAAACCCAAAGAUAAAAUCUCUGGCACUGAAUCCAAGUCUUCUACAAUUGCAAUUGAUGUCAGUCUAAUGAAAUUUGAUGUUUCACAAACAAGCAAAGAUCUUGCUGUGACAACUACAGAGGUAAUAACAGGGCCAAGCACAAUGGAGAGUGAGCAGAUGAGUGGCCUAGAAGAACAAACCAUUAUUCGAAAUGUCAAGACAGGAACAAAGAAACUUGAUGGUGCAAUUUCACUUGAUGGUGCCACUAAUCAAGAUAACAUCAGAGAUGGAGAACUCACGGCAAAAGGCCAAGAAUGUGUUACAAGUUCAAAACAGUUUGGAGCAACACCAAUUAAACAAACAAAGAAAGGAAGCAAAAUACAAAAAUCAAAAAGUGAAAAGGCCAACGUUGAAAUUUCACUCGCAAAAACGAAUGUAGAUUUGACAUUAUCAGGAGCGAUAAAACCAGGCAAGUUGCAAGCUGAAUUUCAUGCUGGGGCCAAAGAUGUGGGGGGUCCUGAAGCAAGUCUUAAAAUAACUCAGAUUGAAAAGACAUCAAUAGAAAUUGCACUGCCAAAGGUAGAACUUAAAAGUGAUAUUGAUGCAGACGUGUCAAAGCCUGAACUUGAUUUUGCAGCAGAAGACAUCGCAAUGAACGUCAAAGCUCCCGCAAUAGAUGUAGAUUUAGACUCAGCCGACCAUAAGAUGAAAGGCCAGGACAGUAAAUUUAAAAUGCCAUUAUUUGGAGUUUCUCUUCCCAAAUUAACAGGGCCGAAGUUUGGAAUUUCUGGUCCUGACAUAAAGGCUCAAAAAAUGAGCAUUGAUGCCAACGUGCCCAAACUUGAUUUUUCUCUUCCAAAAGCUGAUGCAGAUGUGGAACUAUCAGAUGUAAAACCUGGCGAAUUAGAAGCUGAAAUCCGAGCGAUUACAAUAGAUGUUGAGGGUCUUGAUGCAAGUAUUAAAAUACCAGAGAUUACAAUGUCAUCAAAAGAUCGUGCAGCGUCAAACGUGGAAGGAAAAUUUGAUAUUGAUGCAGGACUGUCGAAGCCUGUUGUAGCACCAGAUCUCUCAAUGGACAUCAAGGCUCCAGAUGCUGGCCUCAAUGCACCAACAAUAGAUGUAGUUUUAGACACAGCUGACCUUAAGGUGAAAGGCCAGGACAGUAAGUUCAAAAUGCCAUCAAUGAAAAUGCCAAGAUUUGGAGUUUCUCUUCCCAAAUUCAAAGGUACAGAUGUUGAUGUAGGACUCAAAAAAACAGAUGUGGACAUUUCACUUACAAUGCCUGACGUGGAAGUAAAGGGCAAAAUUCCUGCUGCUGGUGCUCCAGAGUGUGAAGUUGACAUUGAUAUCGAAGGCAAGGGAGGGAAGAUGAAACUUCCCAAAUUUAAAGGGUCACAGUUUGGAAUUUCUGGUCCUGAUAUAAAACCUCCAAAAAUGAGCAUUGAUGUCAACCUGCCCAAACUUGAUAUUUCUCUUCCAAAAGCUGAUGCAGAAGCCAAGUUUCCAGAAGGAGAAAUAAAACCAGGCAAGUUGGAAGUUGAAUGCUCUGCCGGUACCUUCGAUGUGGAAGGUCCUGAUGCAAGUAUUAAAAUACCAGAGAUUACAAUGCCAUCAAUAGAUCGUGCAGCGCCAAACGUGGAAGGAAAAUUUGAUAUUGAUGCAGGUCUGUCGAAACCUGAAUUUGAUGUUGCAGCACCAGAUUUCUCAAUGGACAUCAAGGCUCCAGAUACUGGUUUCCGUCCACCAACAAUAGAUGUAGUGCCGGACUCAACUGACCUCAAGAUGAAAGGCCAGGACAGUAUGUUCAAAAUUCCAUCAAAGAAAAUGCCAUCAUUAGCAGUUUCCCUUCCCAAAUUCAAAGGUCCAGAUGUGAAUGUUGGACUAGAAAAAACAGACGUGGACAUUUCACUUACCAAGCCUGACAUGGUAGUAAAGGGCAAAAUGCCUGAUGUGGGUGCUCCAGAGUGUGAAAUUGCCAUUGACACCUUGGACGUGGACAUGAAAGGCAAGGGAGGGAAGAUGAAACUUCCCAAAUUUAAAGGGCCAACAUUUGGAAUUUCUGGUCCUGAUAUAAAGGCUCCAAAAAUGAGCAUUGAUGCCAACGUGCCCAAAGUUGAUAUUUCUUCUCCAAAAGUUGAUGCAAAUGUGAAAUUACCAGAUGUAAAACCUGGCGAGAUAGAAGUUGAAAUCCAAGCGGGUACCAUUGAUGUUGAGGGUCCACAAGCAAGUAUUAAAAUACCAGAGAUUACAAUGCCAUCAAUUGAUCGUGCAUUGCCAAACGUGGAAGGAAAAUUUGAUAUUAAUGCAGCUCUGUCAAAGCCUGAAUUUGAUGUUGAAGCACCAGAUCUCUCAAUGGACGUCAAUGCUCCAGCUAUUGACAUCCAUGCACCAACAAUAGAUGUAGAUUUAGACUCAACUGACCUGAAGGUGAAAGACCACGACAGAAAGUUUAAAUUGCCAUCAAUAAAAAUGCCAUCAAUGAAAAUGCCAAGAUUUGGAGUUUCUCUUCCCAAAUUCAAAGGUACAGAUGUUGAUGUAGGACUCAAAAAAACAGAUGUGGACAUUUCACAUACAAUGCCUGACGUGGAAAUAAAGGGCAAAAUUCCUGAUGCUGGUGCUCCAGAGUGUGAAGCUGACAUUGAUAUCGAAGGCAAGGGAGGGAAGAUGAAACUUCCCAAAUUUAAAGGGUCACAGUUUGGAAUUUCUGGUCCUGAUAUAAAACCUCCAAAAAUGAGCAUUGAUGUCAACCUGCCCAAACUUGAUAUUUCUCUUCCAAAAGCUGAUGCAGAAGUCAAGUUUCCAGAAGGAGAAAUAAAACCAGGCAAGUUGGAAGUUGAAUGCUCUGCCGGUACCCUCGAUGUGAAAGGUCCUGAUGCAAGUAUUAAAAUACCAGAGAUUACAAUGCCAUCAAUAGAUCGUGCAGCGCCAAACGUGGAAGGAAAAUUUGAUAUUGAUGCAGGUCUGUCGAAACCUGAAUUUGAUGUUGCAGCACCAGAUUUCUCAAUGGACAUCAAGGCUCCAGAUACUGGUUUCCGUCCACCAACAAUAGAUGUAGUGCCGGACUCAACUGACCUCAAGAUGAAAGGCCAGGACAGUAUGUUCAAAAUUCCAUCAAAGAAAAUGCCAUCAUUAGCAGUUUCCCUUCCCAAAUUCAAAGGUCCAGAUGUGGAUGUAGGACUAGAAAAAACAGACGUGGACAUUUCACUUACCAAGCCUGACGUAGAUGUAAAGGGCAAAAUGCCUAAUGUGGGUGCUCUCAAGUGUGAAGUUGCCAUUGACACAUCGGACGUGGACAUCAAAGGCAAGGGAAGUAAAAUUAAACUUCCCAAAUUUAAAGGGCCAAAAUUUGGAAUUUCUGGUCCUGAUAUAAAGGCUCCAAAAAUGAGCAUUGAUGCCAACGUGCCCAAAGUUGAUAUUUCUUCUCCAAAAGUUGAUGCAAAUGUGAAAUUACCAGAUGUAAAACCUGGCGAGAUAGAAGUUGAAAUCCAAGCGGGUACCAUUGAUGUUGAGGGUCCACAAGCAAGUAUUAAAAUACCCGAGAUUACAAUGCCAUCAAUUGAUCGUGCAUUGCCAAACGUGGAUGGAAAAUUUGAUAUUAAUGCAGCUCUGUCGAAGCCUGAAUUUGAUGUUGCAGCACCAGAUCUCUCAAUGGACGUCAAUGCUCCAGCUAUUGACAUCCAUGCACCAACAAUAGAUGCUGAUUUAGACUCAACUGACCUGAAGGUGAAAGACCAUGACAGAAAGUUCAAAAUGCCAUCAAUGAAAAUGCCAUCAAUGAAUAUGCCAUCAUUUGCAGUUACUCUUCCCAAAUUCAAAGGUCCAGAUGUGGAUGUUGGACUAGAAAAAACAGACGUGGACAUUUCACUUACCAAGCCUGACAUGGUAGUAAAGGGCAAAAUGCCUGAUGUGGGUGCUCCAGAGUGUGAAAUUGCCAUUGACACCUUGGACGUGGACAUGAAAGGCAAGGGAGGGAAGAUGAAACUUCCCAAAUUUAAAGGGCCAAAAUUUGGAAUUUCUGGUCCUGAUAUAAAGGCUCCAAAAAUGAGCAUUGAUGCCAACGUGCCCAAAGUUGAUAUUUCUUCUCCAAAAGUUGAUGCAAAUGUGAAAUUACCAGAUGUAAAACCUGGCGAGAUAGAAGUUGAAAUCCAAGCGGGUACCAUUGAUGUUGAGGGUCCACAAGCAAGUAUUAAAAUACCAGAGAUUACAAUGCCAUCAAUUGAUCGUGCAUUGCCAAACGUGGAAGGAAAAUUUGAUAUUAAUGCAGCUCUGUCGAAGCCUGAAUUUGAUGUUGAAGCACCAGAUCUCUCAAUGGACGUCAAUGCUCCAGCUAUUGACAUCCAUGCACCAACAAUAGAUGUAGAUUUUGACUCAACUGACCUGAAGGUGAAAGACCACGACAGAAAGUUUAAAUUGCCAUCAAUAAAAAUGCCAUCAAUGAAAAUGCCAAGAUUUGGAGUUUCUCUUCCCAAAUUCAAAGGUACAGAUGUUGAUGUAGGACUCAAAAAAACAGAUGUGGACAUUUCACAUACAAUGCCUGACGUGGAAGUAAAGGGCAAAAUUCCUGCUGCUGGUGCUCCAGAGUGUGAAGUUGACAUUGAUAUCGAAGGCAAGGGAGGGAAGAUGAAACUUCCCAAAUUUAAAGGGUCACAGUUUGGAAUUUCUGGUCCUGAUAUAAAACCUCCAAAAAUGAGCAUUGAUGUCAACCUGCCCAAACUUGCUAUUUCUCUUCCAAAAGCUGAUGCAGAAGCCAAGUUUCCAGAAGGAGAAAUAAAACCAGGCAAGUUGGAAGUUGAAUGCUCUGCCGGUACCUUCGAUGUGGAAGGUCCUGAUGCAAGUAUUAAAAUACCAGAGAUUACAAUGCCAUCAAUAGAUCGUGCAGCGCCAAACGUGGAAGGAAAAUUUGAUAUUGAUGCAAGUCUGUCGAAACCUGAAUUUGAUGUUGCAGCACCAGAUUUCUCAAUGGACAUCAAGGCUCCAGAUACUGGUUUCCGUCCACCAACAAUAGAUGUAGUGCCGGACUCAACUGACCUCAAGAUGAAAGGCCGGGACAGUAUGUUCAAAAUGCAAUCAAAGAAAAUGCCAUCAUUAGCAGUUUCCCUUCCCAAAUUCAAAGGUCCAGAUGUGGAUGUAGGACUAGAAAAAACAGACGUGGACAUUUCACUUACCAAGCCUGACGUAGAAGUAAAGGGCAAAAUGCCUAAUGUGGGUGCUCUCAAGUGUGAAGUUGCCAUUGACACAUCGGCCGUGGACAUCAAAGGCAAGGGAAGUAAAAUUAAACUUCCCAAAUUUAAAGGGCCAAAAUUUGGAAUUUCUGGUCCUGAUAUAAAGGCUCCAAAAAUGAGCAUUGAUGUCAACCUGCCCAAACUUGAUAUUUCUUCUCCAAAAGUUGAUGCAAAUGUGAAAUUACCAGAUGUAAAACCUGGCGAGAUAGAAGUUGAAAUCCAAGCGGGUACCAUUGAUGUUGAGGGUCCACAAGCAAGUAUUAAAAUACCCGAGAUUACAAUGCCAUCAAUUGAUCGUGCAUUGCCAAACGUGGAAGGAAAAUUUGAUAUUAAUGCAGCUCUGUCGAAGCCUGAAUUUGAUGUUGCAGCACCAGAUCUCUCAAUGGACGUCUAUGCUCCAGCUAUUGACAUCCAUGCACCAACAAUAGAUGCUGAUUUAGACUCAACUGACCUGAAGGUGAAAGACCAUGACAGAAAGUUCAAAAUGCCAUCAAUGAAAAUUCCAUCCAUGAAAAUGCCAAGAUUUGGAGUUUCUGUUCCCAAAUUCAAAGGGACAGAUGUUGAUGUAGGCCUGAAAAAAACAGAUGUGGACGUUUCACUCACAAUGCCUGACGUGGAAGCAAAGGGCAAAUUUCCUGAUGUGGGUGAUCCAGAGUGUGAAGUUGACAUUGACACAUCGGACGUGGACAUGAAAGGCAAGGGAGGGAAGAUGAAACUUCCCAAAUUUAAAGGGUCACAGUUUGGAAUUUCUGGUCCUGAUAUAAAAGCUCCAAAAAUGAGCAUUGAUGUCAACCUGCCCAAACUUGAUAUUUCUCUUCCAAAAGCUGAUGCAGAAGUGAAGUUUCCAGAAGGAGAAAUAAAACCAGGCAAGUUCGAAGUUGAAUUCCUUGCUGGUACCGUGGAUGUGGAAGGUCCUGAAGCAAGUAUUAAAAUACCAGAGAUCACAAAGCCAUCAAUGGAUAGCACAGUGCCAAAGGUGGAAGGUAAAUUUGAUGUUGAUAAAGUGGUGUUGAGGCCUGAACUUGCUGUUGCAGCACACGAUCUCUCAAUGGACAUCAAUGCUCCAGCAAUUGACAUCCAUGCACCAACAAUAGAUGUAGAUUUUGACUCAACUGACCUGAAGGUGAAAGACCACGACAGAAAGUUCAAAAUGCCAUCAAUGACAAUGCCAUCAAUGAAAAUGCCAAGAUUUGGAGUUUCUCUUCCCAAAUUCAAAGGUACAGAUGUUGAUGUAGGACUCAAAAAAACAGAUGUGGACAUUUCACAUACAAUGCCUGACGUGGAAGUAACGGGCAAAAUUCCUGCUGCUGGUGCUCCAGAGUGUGAAGUUGACAUUGAUAUCGAAGGCAAGGGAGGGAAGAUGAAACUUCCCAAAUUUAAAGGGUCACAGUUUGGAAUUUCUGGUCCUGAUAUAAAACCUCCAAAAAUGAGCAUUGAUGUCAACCUGCCCAAACUUGAUAUUUCUCUUCCAAAAGCUGAUGCAGAAGCCAAGUUUCCAGAAGGAGAAAUAAAACCAGGCAAGUUGGAAGUUGAAUGCUCUGCCGGUACCUUCGAUGUGGAAGGUCCUGAUGCAAGUAUUAAAAUACCAGAGAUUACAAUGCCAUCAAUAGAUCGUGCAGCGCCAAACGUGGAAGGAAAAUUUGAUAUUGAUGCAAGUCUGUCGAAACCUGAAUUUGAUGUUGCAGCACCAGAUUUCUCAAUGGACAUCAAGGCUCCAGAUACUGGUUUCCGUCCACCAACAAUAGAUGUAGUGCCGGACUCAACUGACCUCAAGAUGAAAGGCCGGGACAGUAUGUUCAAAAUGCAAUCAAAGAAAAUGCCAUCAUUAGCAGUUUCCCUUCCCAAAUUCAAAGGUCCAGAUGUGGAUGUAGGACUAGAAAAAACAGACGUGGACAUUUCACUUACCAAGCCUGACGUAGAAGUAAAGGGCAAAAUGCCUAAUGUGGGUGCUCUCAAGUGUGAAGUUGCCAUUGACACAUCGGACGUGGACAUGAAAGGCAAGGGAGGGAAGAUGAAACUUCCCAAAUUUAAAGGGUCACAGUUUGGAAUUUCUGGUCCUGAUAUAAAAGCUCCAAAAAUGAGCAUUGAUGUCAACCUGCCCAAACUUGAUAUUUCUCUUCCAAAAGCUGAUGCAGAAGUGAAGUUUCCAGAAGGAGAAAUAAAACCAGGCAAGUUCGAAGUUGAAUUCCUUGCUGGUACCGUGGAUGUGGAAGGUCCUGAAGCAAGUAUUAAAAUACCAGAGAUCACAAAGCCAUCAAUGGAUAGCACAGUGCCAAAGGUGGAAGGUAAAUUUGAUGUUGAUAAAGUGGUGUUGAGGCCUGAACUUGCUGUUGCAGCACACGAUCUCUCAAUGGACAUCAAUGCUCCAGCAAUUGACAUCCAUGCACCAACAAUAGAUGUAGAUUUUGACUCAACUGACCUGAAGGUGAAAGACCACGACAGAAAGUUCAAAAUGCCAUCAAUGACAAUGCCAUCAAUGAAAAUGCCAAGAUUUGGAGUUUCUCUUCCCAAAUUCAAAGGUACAGAUGUUGAUGUAGGACUCAAAAAAACAGAUGUGGACAUUUCACAUACAAUGCCUGACGUGGAAGUAACGGGCAAAAUUCCUGCUGCUGGUGCUCCAGAGUGUGAAGUUGACAUUGAUAUCGAAGGCAAGGGAGGGAAGAUGAAACUUCCCAAAUUUAAAGUGUCACAGUUUGGAAUUUCUGGUCCUGAUAUAAAACCUCCAAAAAUGAGCAUUGAUGUCAACCUGCCCAAACUUGAUAUUUCUCUUCCAAAAGCUGAUGCAGAAGUCAAGUUUCCAGAAGGAGAAAUAAAACCAGGCAAGUUGGAAGUUGAAUGCUCUGCCGGUACCCUCGAUGUGAAAGGUCCUGAUGCAAGUAUUAAAAUACCAGAGAUUACAAUGCCAUCAAUAGAUCGUGCAGCGCCAAACGUGGAAGGAAAAUUUGAUAUUGAUGCAGGUCUGUCGAAACCUGAAUUUGAUGUUGCAGCACCAGAUUUCUCAAUGGACAUCAAGGCUCCAGAUACUGGUUUCCGUCCACCAACAAUAGAUGUAGUGCCGGACUCAACUGACCUCAAGAUGAAAGGCCAGGACAGUAUGUUCAAAAUUCCAUCAAAGAAAAUGCCAUCAUUAGCAGUUUCCCUUCCCAAAUUCAAAGGUCCAGAUGUGGAUGUAGGAUUAGAAAAAACAGACGUGGACAUUUCACUUACCAAGCCUGACGUAGAAGUAAAGGGCAAAAUGCCUAAUGUGGGUGCUCUCAAGUGUGAAGUUGCCAUUGACACAUCGGACGUGGACAUCAAAGGCAAGGGAAGUAAAAUUAAACUUCCCAAAUUUAAAGGGCCAAAAUUUGGAAUUUCUGGUCCUGAUAUAAAGGCUCCAAAAAUGAGCAUUGAUGCCAACGUGCCCAAAGUUAAUAUUUCUUCUCCAAAAGUUGAUGCAAAUGUGAAAUUACCAGAUGUAAAACCUGGCGAGAUAGAAAUUGAAAUCCAAGCGGGUACCAUUGAUGUUGAGGGUCCACAAGCAAGUAUUAAAAUACCCGAGAUUACAAUGCCAUCAAUUGAUCGUGCAUUGCCAAACGUGGAAGGAAAAUUUGAUAUUAAUGCAGCUCUGUCGAAGCCUGAAUUUGAUGUUGCAGCACCAGAUCUCUCAAUGGACGUCAAUGCUCCAGCUAUUGACAUCCAUGCACCAACAAUAGAUGUUGAUUUAGACUCAACUGACCUGAAGGUGAAAGACCAUGACAGAAAGUUCAAAAUGCCAUCAAUUAAAAUGCCAUCCAUGAAAAUGCCAAGAUUUGGAGUUUCUGUUCCCAAAUUCAAAGGACCAGAUGUUGAUGUAGGCCUGAAAAAAACAGAUGUGGACGUUUCACUCACAAUGCCUGACGUGGAAGUAAAGGGCAAAUUUCCUGAUGUGGGUGAUCCAGAGUGUGAAGUUGACAUUGACACAUCGGACGUGGACAUGAAAGGCAAGGGAGGGAAGAUGAAACUUCCCAAAUUUAAAGGGUCACAGUUUGGAAUUUCUGGUCCUGAUAUAAAAGCUCCAAAAAUGAGCAUUGAUGUCAACCUGCCAAAACUUGAUAUUUCUCUUCCGAAAGCUGAUGCAGAAGUGAAGUUACCAGAAGGAGAAAUAAAACCAGGCAAGUUCGAAGUUGAAUUCCUUGCUGGUACCGUGGAUGUGGAAGGUCCUGAAGCAAGUAUUAAAAUACCAGAGAUCACAAAGCCAUCAAUGGAUAGCACAGUGCCAAAGGUGGAAGGUAAAUUUGAUGUUGAUAAAGGGGUGUUGAAUCCUGAACUUGCUGUUGCAGCACACGAUCUCUCAAUGGACGUCAAUGCUCCAGCAAUUGACAUCCAUGCACCAACAAUAGAUGUAGAUUUUGACUCAACUGACCUGAAGGUGAAAGACCACGACAGAAAGUUCAAAAUGCCAUCCAUGAAAGUGCCAUCAAUGAAAAUGCCAAGAUUUGGAGUUUCUGUUCCCAAAUUCAAAGGUCCAGAUGUUGAUGUAGGACUCAAAAAAACAGAUGUGGACAUUUCACAUACAAUGCCUGACGUGGAAGUAAAGGGCAAAAUUCAUGAUGCUGGUGCUCCAGAGUGUGAAGUUGACAUUGAUAUCGAAGGCAAGGGAGGGAAGAUGAAACUUCCCAAAUUUAAAGGGUCACAGUUUGGAAUUUCUGGUCCUGAUAUAAAACCUCCAAAAAUGAGCAUUGAUGUCAACCUGCCCAAACUUGAUAUUUCUCUUCCAAAAGCUGAUGCAGAAGUCAAGUUUCCAGAAGGAGAAAUAAAACCAGGCAAGUUGGAAGUUGAAUGCUCUGCCGGUACCCUCAAUGUGGAAGGUCCUGAUGCAAGUAUUAAAAUACCAGAGAUUACAAUGCCAUCAAUAGAUCGUGCAGCGCCAAACGUGGAAGGAAAAUUUGAUAUUGAUGCAGGUCUGUCGAAACCUGAGUUUGAUGUUGCAGCACCAGAUUUCUCAAUGGACAUAAAGACUCCAGAUACUGGUUUCCGUCCACCAACAAUAGAUGUAGUGCCGGACUCAACUGACCUCAAGAUGAAAGGGCAGGACAGUAUGUUCAAAAUGCCAUCAAAGAAAAUGCCAUCAUUAGCAGUUUCCCUUCCCAAAUUCAAAGGUCCAGAUGUGGAUGUAGGACUAGAAAAAACAGACGUGGACAUUUCACUUACCAAGCCUGACAUAGAAGUAAAGGGCAAAAUGCCUAAUGUGGGUGCUCUCAAGUGUGAAGUUGCCAUUGACACAUCGGACGUGGACAUCAAAGGCAAGGGAAGUAAAAUUAAACUUCCCAAAUUUAAAGGGCCAAAAUUUGGAAUUUCUGGUCCUGAUAUAAAGGCUCCAAAAAUGAGCAUUGAUGCCAACGUGCCCAAACUUGAUAUUUCUUCUCCAAAAGUUGAUGCAAAUGUGAAAUUACCAGAUGUAAAACCUGGCGAGAUAGAAGUUGAAAUCCAAGCGGGUACCAUUGAUGUUGAGGGUCCACAAGCAUGUAUUAAAAUACCCGAGAUUACAGUGCCAUCAAUUGAUCGUGCAUUGCCAAACGUGGAAGGAAAAUUUGAUAUUAAUGCAGCUCUGUCGAAGCCUGAAUUUGAUGUUGCAGCACCAGAUCUCUCAAUGGAUGUAAAUGCUCCAGCUAUUGACAUCCAUGCACCAAAAAUAGAUGUCGAUUUAGACUCAACUGACCUGAAGGUGAAAGACCACGACAGAAAGUUCAAAAUGCCAUCAAUUAAAAUGCCAUCCAUGAAAAUGCCAAGAUUUGGAGUUUCUGUUCCUAAAUUCAAAGGUCCAGAUGUUGAUGUACGACUGAAAAAAACAGAUGUGGACAUUUCACUCACAAUGCCUGACGUGGAAGUAAAGGGAAAAUUUCCUGAUGCGGGUGCUCCAGAGUGUGAAGUUGACAUUGAUGUCGAUGGCAAGGGAGGGAAAAUGAAACUUUCCAAAUUUAAAGAGCCAAAAUUUGGAAUUUCUGGUCCUGAUAUAAAAGCUCCCAAAAUGGUCAUUGAUGUCAACCUGCCCCAACUUGAUAUUUCUCUUCCAAAAGCUGAUGCAGAAGUGAAGUUACCUGAAGGAGAAAUAAAACCUGGCAAGUUCGAAGUUGAAUGCUCUGCUGGUACCCUCGAUGUGGAAGGUCCUGAUGCAAGUAUUAAAAUACCAAAGAUUACAAUGCCAUCAAUAAAUCGUGCAACGCCAAACAAGGAAGGAAAAUUUGCUAUUGUUGCAGGUCUGUCGAAACCUGAAUUUGAUGUUGCAGCAUCAGAUUUCGCAAUGGACAUCAAGGCUCCAGAUACUGGUUUCCGUGCACCAACAAUAGAUGUAGUGCAGGACUCAACUGAUCUCAAGAUGAAAGGCCAGGGUAGUAUGUUCAAAAUGCCAUCAAUGAAAAUGUCAACAUUGGCAGUUUCCCUUCCCAAAUUCAAAGGUCUAGAUGUGGAUGUUGGACUAGAAAAAACAGACGUGGACAUUUCACUUACCAAGCCUAACAUGGUAGUAAAGGCCAAAAUGCCUGAUGUGGGUGCUCCAGAGUGUGAAAUUGCCAUUGACACCUUGGCCGUGGACAUGAAAGGCAAGGGAGGGAAGAUGAAACUUCCCAAAUUUAAAGGGCCAAAAUUUGGAAUUUCUGGUCCUGAUAUAAAAGCUCCAAAAAUGAGCAUUGAUGUCAACCUGCCCAAACUGGAUAUUUCUCUUCCAAAAGCUGAUGCAGAAGUGAAGUUUCUAGAAGGAGAAAUAAAACCAGGCAAGUUCGAAGUUGAAUUCCUUGCUGGUACCGUGGAUGUGGAAGGUCCUGAUGCAAGUAUUAAAAUACCAGAGAUUACAAUGCCAUCAAUAGAUCGUGCAGCGCCAAAUGUGGAAGGAAAAUUUGAUAUUGAUGCAGGUCUGUCGAAACAUGAAUUUGAUGUUGCAGCACCAGAUUUCACAAUGGACAUCAAGGCUCCAGAUACUAAUUUCCGUCCACCAACAUUGGAUGUAGUGCCGGACUCAACUGAUCUCAAGAUGAAAGGCCAGGACAGUAUGUUCAAAAUGCCAUCAGUGAAAAUGCCAUCAUUACCAGUUUCCCUUCCCAAAUUCAAAGGUCCAGAUGUGGGUGUAGGACUACAAAAAACAGACGUGGACAUUUCACUUACGAAGCCUGACGUAGAAGUAAAGGGCAAAAUGCCUAAUGUGGGUGCUCUCAAGUGUGAAGUUGCCAUUGACACAUCGGACGUGAACAUGAAAGGCAAGGGAGGGAAAAUUAAACUUCCCAAAUUUAAAGGGACAAAAUUUGGAAUUUCUGGUCCUAAUAUAAAGGCUCCAAAAAUGAGCAUUGAUGUCAACGUGCCCAAACUGGAUAUUUCUCUUCCAAAAGCUGAAGGUCCUGAAGCAAGUAUUAAUAUACCAGAGAUCACAAAGCCAUCAAUAGAUAGCACAGUGCCAAAGGUGGAUGGUAAAUUUGAUGUUGAUAAAGGGGUGUUGAAUCCUGAACUUGCUGUUGCAGCACACGAUCUCUCAAUGGACAUCAAUGCUCCAGCAAUUGACAUCCAUGCACCAACAAUAUAUGUAGAUUUAGACUCAACUGACCUGAAGGUGAAAGACCACGACAGAAAGUUCAAAAUGCCAUCAAUGAAAAUGCCAAGAUUUGGAGUUUCUGUUCCUAAAUUCAAAGGUCCAGAUGUUGAUGUAGGACUGAAAAAAACAGAUGUGGACGUUUCACUCACAAUGCCUGACGUGGAAGUAAAGGGCAAAAUUCCUGAUGCGGGUGCUCCAGAGUGUGAAGUUGACAUUGACAUCGAUGGCAAGGGAGGGAAAAUGAAACGUUCCAAAUUUAAAGGGCCAAAAUUUGGAAUUUCUGGUCCUGAUAUAAAAGCUCCCAAAAUGAGCAUUGAUGUCAACCUGCCCAAACUUGAUAUUUCACUUCCAAAAGCUGAUGCAGAAGUGAAGUUAUCUGAAGGAGAAAUAAAACCAGGCAAGUUGGAAGUUGAAUGCUCUGCCGGUACCCUCGAUGUGGAACGUCCUGAUGCAAGUAUAAAAAUACCAAAGAUUACAAUGCCAUCAAUAGAUCGUGCAGCGCCAAAUGUGGAAGGAAAAUUUGAUAUUGAUGCAGGUCUGUCGAAACAUGAAUUUGAUGUUGCAGCACCAGAUUUCUCAAUGGACAUCAAGGCUCCAGACACUGGUUUCCAUGCACCAACAAUAGAUGUAGUGCCGGUCUCAACUGACCUCAAGAUGAAAGGCCAGGACAGUAUGUUCAAAAUGCCAUCAAUUAAAAUGCCAUCAAUUAAAAUGCCAUCAUUUGGAAUUUCCCUUCCCAAAUUUAAAGCUUCACAUGUGGAUGGAGAACUGAAAAUGCCAGAUGGGGAAAUUUCACUCACCAAUCCUGACAUGGAAGUAAAGGGCAAAAUGGCUGAUGUGGGUGCUCUCGAGUGUGAAGUUGCCAUUGACACAUCGGACAUGGACAUCAAAGGCAAGGGAGAGAAAAUGAAACUUCCCAAAUUUACAGGGCCAAAAUUUGGAAUUACUGGUCCUGAUAUAAAGGCUCCAAAAAUGAGCAUUGAUGUCAACCUACCCAAACUGGAUAUUUAUCUUCCAAAAGCUGAUGCAGAAGUGAAGUUACCAGAAGGUGAAAUAAAACCAGGCAAGUUGGAAGUUGAAUGCUGUGCCGGUACCCUCGAUGUGAAAGGUCCUGCUGCAAGUAUUAAAAUACCAGAGAUUGCAAUGCCAUCAAUAGAUCAUGCAGUGCCAAACGUGGAAGGAAAAUUUGAUAUUGAUGCAGGUCUGUCGAAGCCUGAACUUGAUGUUGCAGCACAAGAUCUCUCAAUGGAUGUCAAUGCUCCAGCUGCUGGGUUCCAUCCACCACCAAUGGAUGUAGAUUUAGACUCUGCUGACCUUAAGAUGAAAGGUCAUGACAGUAAGUUCAAAAUACCAUUCAUGAAAAUACCAAGAUUUGGAGUUUCUCUUCAUAAAUUCAAAGGUCCAGAUGUGGAUGUUGGACUAGAAAAAACAGACGUGGACAUUUCACUUACCAAGCCUGACGUAGAAGUAAAGGGCAAAAUGCCUAAUGUGGGUGAUCCAGAGUGUGAAGUUGCCAUUGACACAUCGGACGUGGACAUGAAAGGCAAGGGAGGGAAAAUUAAACUUCCCAAAUUUAAAGGGCCAAAAUUUGGAAUUUCUGGUCCUGAUAUAAAGGCUCCAAAAAUGAGCAUUGAUGUCAACCUGCCCAAACUGGAUAUUUCUCUUCCAAAAGCUGAUGCAGAAGUGAAGUUACCAGAAGGAGAAAUAAAACCAGGCAAGUUCGAAGUUGAAUUCCUUGCUGGUACCGUGGAUGUGGAAGGUCCUGAAGCAAGUAUUACAAUACCAGAGAUUACAAAGCCAUCACUGGAUAGCACAGUGCCAAAGGUGGAAGGUAAAUUUGAUGUUGAUAAAGUGGUGUUGAAGCCUGAACUUGCUGUUGCAGCACACGAUCUCUCAAUGGACGUCAAUGCUCCAGCUAUUGACAUCCAUGCACCAACAAUAGAUAUAGAUUUAGACUCAACUGACCUGAAGGUGAAAGACCACGACAGAAAGUUCAAAAUGCCAUCAAUGACAAUGCCAUCAUUUGGAAUUUCCCUUCCCAAAUUCAAAGCUUCACAUGUGGGUGGAGAACUGAAACUGGCAGAUGGGAACAUUUCACUCACCAAUCCUGACAUGGAAUUAAAGGUCAAAAUGCCUGAUGUGGGUGCUCCAGAGUGUGAAGUUGCCAUUGACACACCGGAUGUGGACAUCAAAGUCAAGGGAGGGAAAAUGAAAGUGCCUAAAUUUGAAGGGGCAAAGCAUGGAAUUUCUGGUCCUGAUAUAAAAGCUCCAAAAAUUAGCAUUGAUGCCAACGUGCCCAAAGUUGAUAUUUCUUCUCCAAAAGCUGAUGCAAAUGUGAAAUUACCAGAUGUAAAACUUGGCGAGAUAGAAGUUGAAAUCCAAGCGGGUACCAUUGAUGUUGAGGGUCCAGAAGCAAGUAUUAAAAUACCAGAGAUUACAAUGCCAUCAAUUGAUCGUGCAUUGCCAAACGUGGAAGGAAAAUUUGAUAUUAAUGCAGCUCUGUCGAAGCCUGAAUUUGAUGUUGCAGCACCAGAUUUCUCAAUGGACAUCAAGGCUCCAGAUACUGGCUUCCGUGCACCAACAAUAGAUGUAGUGCUGGACUCAACUGACCUCAAGAUGAAAGGCCAGGACAGUAAGUUCAAAAUGCCAUCAAUAAAAGUGCCAUCAAUAAAAAUGCCAUCAUUUGGAAUUUCCCUUCCCAAAUUCAAAGCUUCACAUGUGGAUGGAGAACUGAAAAUGCCAGAUGGGGAAAUUUCACUCACCAAUCCUGACAUGGAAGUAAAGGGCAAAAUGGCUGAUGUGGGUGCUCUCGAGUGUGAAGUUGCCAUUGACACAUCGGACGUGGACAUGAAAGGCAAGGGAGGGAAAAUUAAACUUCCCAAAUUUAAAGGGCCAAAAUUUGGAAUUUCUGGUCCUGAUAUAAAGGCUCCAAAAAUGAGCAUUGAUGUCAACCUGCCCAAACUGGAUAUUUCUCUUCCAAAAGCUGAUGCAGAAGUGAAGUUACCAGAAGGAGAAAUAAAACCAGGCAAGUUCGAAGUUGAAUUCCUUGCUGGUACCGUGGAUGUGGAAGGUCCUGAAGCAAAUAUUAAAAUACCAGAGAUUACAAAGCCAUCACUGGAUAGCACAGUGCCAAAGGUGGAAGGUAAAUUUGAUGUUGAUAAAGUGGUGUUGAAGCCUGAACUUGCUGUUGCCGCACACGAUCUCUCAAUGGACGUCAAUGCUCCAGCUAUUGACAUCCAUGCACCAACAAUAGAUAUAGAUUUAGACUCAACUGACCUGAAGGUGAAACACCACGACAGAAAGUUCAAAAUGCCAUCAAUGACAAUGCCAUCAUUUGGAAUUUCCCUUCCCAAAUUCAAAGCUUCACAUGUGGGUGGAGAACUGAAACUGGCAGAUGGGAACAUUUCACUCACCAAUCCUGACAUGGAAUUAAAGGUCAAAAUGCCUGAUGUGGGUGCUCCAGAGUGUGAAGUUGCCAUUGACACACCGGAUGUGGACAUCAAAGGCAAGGGAGGGAAAAUGAAAGUGCCUAAAUUUGAAGGGGCAAAGCAUGGAAUUUCUGGUCCUGAUAUAAAAGCUCCAAAAAUUAGCAUUGAUGCCAACGUGCCCAAAGUUGAUAUUUCUUCUCCAAAAGCUGAUGCAAAUGUGAAAUUACCAGAUGUAAAACUUGGCGAGAUAGAAGUUGAAAUCCAAGCGGGUACCAUUGAUGUUGAGGGUCCAGAAGCAAGUAUUAAAAUACCAGAGAUUACAAUGCCAUCAAUUGAUCGUGCAUUGCCAAACGUGGAAGGAAAAUUUGAUAUUAAUGCAGCUCUGUCGAAGCCUGAAUUUGAUGUUGCAGCACCAGAUUUCUCAAUGGACAUCAAGGCUCCAGAUACUGGCUUCCGUGCACCAACAAUAGAUGUAGUGCUGGACUCAACUGACCUCAAGAUGAAAGGCCAGGACAGUAAGUUCAAAAUGCCAUCAAUAAAAGUGCCAUCAAUUAAAAUGCCAUCAUUUGGAAUUUCCCUUCCCAAAUUCAAAGCUUCACAUGUGGAUGGAGAACUGAAAAUGCCAGAUGGGGAAAUUUCACUCACCAAUCCUGACAUGGAAGUAAAGGGCAAAAUGGCUGAUGUGGGUGCUCUCGAGUGUGAAGUUGCCAUUGACACAUCGGACAUGGACAUCAAAGGCAAGGGAGAGAAAAUGAAACUACCCAAAUUUACAGGGCCAAAAUUUGGAAUUUCUGGUCCUGAUAUAAAGGCUCCAAAAAUGAGCAUUGAUGUCAACCUACCCAAACUGGAUAUUUCUCUUCCAAAAGCUGAUGCAGAAGUGAAGUUACCAGAAGGUGAAAUAAAACCAGGCAAGUUGGAAGUUGAAUGCUGUGCCGGUAUCCUCGAUGUGAAAGGUCCUGCUGCAAGUAUUAAAAUACCAGAGAUUGCAAUGCCAUCAAUAGAUCAUGCAGCGCCAAACGUGGAAGGAAAAUUUGAUAUUGAUGCAGGUCUGUCGAAGCCUGAACUUGGUGUUGCAGCACAAGAUCUCUCAAUGGAUGUCAAUGCUCCAGCUGCUGGGUUCCAUCCACCACCAAUAGAUGUAGAUUUAGACUCUGCUGACCUUAAGAUGAAAAGUCAUGACAGUAAGUUCAAAAUACCAUUCAUGAAAAUACCAAGAUUUGGAGUUUCUCUUCAUAAAUUCAAAGGUCCAGAUGUGGAUGUUGGACUAGAAAAAACAGACGUGGACAUUUCACUUACCAAGCCUGACGUAGAAGUAAAGGGCAAAAUGCCUAAUGUGGGUGAUCCAGAGUGUGAAGUUGCCAUUGACACAUCGGACGUGGACAUGAAAGGCAAGGGAGGGAAAAUUAAACUUCCCAAAUUUAAAGGGCCAAAAUUUGGAAUUUCUGGUCCUGAUAUAAAGGCUCCAAAAAUGAGCAUUGAUGUCAACCUGCCCAAACUGGAUAUUUCUCUUCCAAAAACUGAUGCAGAAGUGAAGUUACCACAAGGAGAAAUAAAACCAGGCAAGUUCGAAGUUGAAUUCCUUGCUGGUACCGUGGAUGUGGAAGGUCCUGAAGCAAGUAUUAAAAUACCAGAGAUUACAAAGCCAUCACUGGAUAGCACAGUGCCAAAGGUGGAAGGUAAAUUUGAUGUUGAUAAAGUGGUGUUGAAGCCUGAACUUGCUGUUGCAGCACACGAUCUCUCAAUGCACGUCAAUGCUCCAGCUAUUGACAUUCAUGCACCAACAAUAGAUGUAGAUUUAGACUCAACUGACCUGAAGGUGAAAGACCACGACAGAAAGUUCAAAAUGCCAUCAAUGACAAUGCCAUCAUUUGGAAUUUCCCUUCCCAAAUUCAAAGCUUCACAUGUGGGUGGAGAACUGAAACUGGCAGAUGGGGACAUUUCACUCACCAAUCCUGAAAUGGAAUUAAAGGUCAAAAUGCCUGAUGUGGGUGCUCCAGAGUGUGAAGUUGCCAUUGACACACCGGAUGUGGACAUCAAAGGCAAGGGAGGGAAAAUGAAAGUGCCUAAAUUUGAAGGGGCAAAUCUGAAAAUGACUGAGUUUGAAAAACCAUCUGUAGAUAUUGCAGCGCCAAAUAUGGAAGGAAAAUUUGAUUUUGAUACAGGACUGUCGAAGCCUGAACUUGAUGUUGCAGCACAAGAUCUCUCAAUGGAUGUCAAUGCUCCAGCUGCUGGGUUCCAUCCACCAACAAUAGAUGUAGAUGUAGACACAGCUGACCUUAAGAUGAAAGGCCAUGACAGUAAGUUCAAAAUACCAUUCAUGAAAAUACCAAGAUUUGGAAUUUCUCUUCAUAAAUUCAAAGGUCCAGAUGUGGAUGUAGGACUGAAAAAAACAGAUGUGAACGUUUCACAUACAAUGCCUGAUGUGGAAGUAAAGGGCAAAAUGCCUGAUGAGGGUGCUCCAGAGUGUGAAGUUGACAUUGACACCGAUGGCAAGGGAGGGAAAAUGAAACUUCCCAAAUUUAAAGGGCCAAAAUUUGGAAUUUCUGGUCCUGAUUUAAAAGCUCCAAAAAUGAGCAUUGAUGUCAACCUGCCCAAACUUGAUAUUUCUCUUCCAAAAGCUGAUGCAGAAGUGAAGUUACCAGAAGGAGAAAAAAAACCAGGCAAGUUCGAAGUUGAAUUCCUUGCUGGUACCCUGGAUGUGGAAGGUCCUGAAACCAGUAUUAAAAUACCAGAGAUUACAAAGCCAUCAAUGGAUAGCACAGUGCCAAAGGUGGAAGGUAAAUUUGAUGUUGAUAAAGUGGUGUUGAAGCCUGAACUUGCUGUUGCAGCACACGAUCUCUCAAUGGACGUCAAUGCUCCAGCUAUUGACAUCCAUGCACCAACAAUAGAUGUAGAUUUAGACUCAACUGACCUGAAGGUGAAAGACCACGACAGAAAGUUCAAAAUGCCAUCAAUGACAAUGCCAUCAUUUGGAAUUUCCCUUCCCAAAUUCAAAGCUUCACAUGUGGGUGGAGAACUGAAACUGGCAGAUGUGGACAUUUCACUCACAAUGCCUGACGUGGAAGUAAAGGGCAAAAUGCCUGAUAAGGGUGCACCAGAGUGUGAUAUCAAAGGCAAAGAAGGCAAAAUAAAACUUGCCAAAUUUAAAAGGCCAGAUUUUGGAAUUUCUGCUCCAGAUGGAUCUCAAGCUUCUCAAAUGAGUCUUGAUGUCAGUUUGCCCCAAGUUGACAUUUCUCACCCCAAAGCUGAUAUGGAUUUGAAAUUGCAAGAAGCUGAUUUGAAACGGUACAGGUUGGAAGCGGAUUUUGGUGCAAGAAUCACUCAUGUGGACGGGCGUGAUGCAUGUCUUGAAAUGCCCAAGAUUGAAAAGCCAUCAAUAGAUUUUGCACUUCCAAAGGUGGUCGUUGAGCUUGAUGUUCAUGCAGAGCAGUCGAAGACUGAACAUGAUUUUGCAGCACCAGAUCUCUCAAUGAACGUCAAGGCUCCACCUACUGGCAUCCAUGCACCAACAAUAGAUGUAGAUGUUGACUCAACCGACCCGAAGGUUAAAGCUCAUGACAGUAAGUUUAAAAUGCCAUUCAUAAAAAUGCCAUUAUUUGAAAUUUCUCUUCCAAAAUUCAAAGGUGCAGAGAUGGGCGUAGGUCUGGAAGAGCCAGAUCUGGACAUUUUGUUCACAAACCCUGAAGGAGAGGUUAGGGGCAAAAUCCCUGAUUUGGGUGCUCCAGGAUUUGGUGUUGCCAUUGAGACAUCGGAUAUGGAUAAUAAAACUUCUCCAAUUUGAAGGGUCAACAUUUGAAAUUACCUACUCAUGAUGGAUCAGCUCCAAACAAGAGCUGUGAUAUUAGCAUACCUAAUAUUGACUUUUUACUCCCAAAAGCUGACGUAGAUGU